UUUCUCUCAUUCUAAAAAUGUUUCAGUAUGCAAACACAGCUUAACCACUAAAUGCGUAAAAGAAAGGAUGAUGUUUCUGAAAAUGGGAUGGUUUCCAGGCAAGGAUGUUCCUUGUACAUCAUUAACCCCCUCCUCCUGGGCUCGCCUCUUCCUCUAGCUGACUCUUUAAGAGGGCAGGCAUCAGGUGCACACUGAGUGAGACCGUCACACCAAGUGUUAGGGGCACAGAGUAAAUCAUGACCAUGCAGUCAGCAUUGAUUUUAUGUAUUUGUGUAGGUGUAUUUGUAGGAGCUUCGGCUGUGGAAGCAGACAAGCCAAAUGCACUGGGAAAGAUUACUGAGAAUGGGACAAGCACUGACAUUACAAACACUCCAGAAGUGGAGACAGCAGUGGAAUAUUCAAGGGAGAAGAGAGCAGCCGAGAAACCAAAAAAAGGUACAGCUAAGGACAAGCAGGAGCCAGAUAUGGGGCGGACUUUGGCAGCGUGGGUGGAGCUAAAUUCCAUCCUAAAAAUGAGAGGCGAUAUUUCAGGUAAACUGAGCACUGUACUACACGAACUGGGGCGUGAAAAGAGCCGCCUUCUUGACCAGGCUAAUGAGCCAGCAAAAAAGAAAAAAGAAGAAGACGAUGAAGAUGACGAUGAGGAAGAAGAAGAUGAUGAUGAAGAGGAAGAAGAAGAAGAAGAAGAAGGAGGAGAAGGAGGGGAAGAAGGAGGAGAAGGAGGGGAAGAAGGAGGAGAAGAAGAAGGAGGUGAAGAAGAGGAAAAUGAAGGAGGGGAGGAAGAACAGGUAGAGGAAGAGGAGAAUGAGGCAGCUGGGAACAGUACAGCAGAAUUGCUACCAGAGGGUUGCCAAGUGAAUGAAACAGAGAUUUCAUGUGCAGAGGCUGGCAUUGCUGAACUUCCCAUCAUCAAUGACCUGAACAUCACUACACUUGACUUAGCUGGAAACAACUUCACUACAUUACCAUCUGAGGCUUUCUCUGGUAUGCCCAACCUGGAGGUCAUCAACUUGAGCAGAAACUUUCUGGAUGAUUCCUCUAUCAGCCCUGACCUUUUCAAGAAUCUGACAAACCUAAAAGUGCUGACUCUUGAUGGCAAUGGUCUAGAAACAAUCCCACAACUGCCAGGAUCUCUGGAGGAGCUGAAAAUAAAUGACAACAAGAUAAACCAAGUGCUUUCUCACAACUUGGAAGGUUUGACCAACUUGCUCCACCUAGAGCUGGCAGGAAACAUCCUGUGGGAGGGCAGUGUUGAGCCCUUGGCCUUCCAACACCUCCCCACUCUCAAGCACCUGAGGCUAGACAACAACCGAUUCACUUCCAUUCCAAACGGAUUGCCUGCAUCUCUAGAGGAUUUGAGUAUGCCACACAAUCAGCUAGUGGAGGUGCAGGAAAAUGUUCUUAUGAACUCUGCCCACUUGAGAGCCCUGGAUCUGAGCCACAACCUCCUGAGUGACACCAGUUUCUUCCCUGGAGCCUGGAUUGACCUGCCGAAGCUGGAGACUCUGGAUCUGUCACACAACCAGUUGUACGUGGUACCUGCACACUUGCCCAGAGUUUUGCGACAGCUCUCCCUGCAGUACAACUUCAUCCAGUCCAUCCCUCCAGACACACUGAGCCACCUGCGGCCAGGUCUCCAGUCACUGCACCUCUCUCACAACCAGCUACUAGAGCAUGGUAUGCUAGGGAAGGCCUUCCGUGGAGCUUACAAAACUUUAGAGGAGCUCCACCUAGACAACAACAGGUUGGAAAGGGUCCCACCAAACAUUCGCUACUUCAGGAACCUGCAUCAGCUGCGGCUGGAUCACAAUCUUAUCAGUACUGUUCCAGUGAAAUCCGUGUGUAAAAUCAGUCUCACUAACGCAUCUCCUUUGCUGGCUCUUCAUCUGGAGAACAACUACCUGGAUGUGAACAGAAUCCCCCGAAAAGCUCUGUCCUGCAUCCCCGAGCUUCAGAGGGUCAUCCUGGAGCCGCAGAAUCAUAAUGAGAUUGUGUAAAAGUUCUGCAGAUUGCUCCUUUCACAUCUCAUCUGCUUGCUGUUGAGUUUAAAAGCACACACUAAUUUGAAUUGUUUAUUUAUCUAUUUAAUUCAAAGGCAUGAUUCAGGGUGAUUUUCUGUAUUUCUUAAGGCACUGUUGGCUCUAUUUUCUGUGUAUUCUGGAUGUCUUCUUAUUCCAGUCUUUAUGCCACAGCAGUAUCUUUGCUUAUCUUUUUUGGAAGAGAUGCCAGUGCUGCGCUAAAUAUUGUUCACAUCUUACAAUUGAUUGUUACAAUUUAUUGUUACAACUUAUUAUUACUUAUAAUACAACCCCUUGGCUAAAUGUUUGUAUGUCUGCAAAGUGUCUUAAAUACAAAUGUGCAUUUACACUUGCUACAAAAGUGAUUAUCAAUAUAAUGUUCCUGAAAAAUAUUAUGAUCUAGAUGUAUUAUUGUUAUAAUUAUAAAUCUAUACAGAUCAUCUCAUGAAGUAUUAACUUAUAACACAAAGAGAAUUGACAGUGACUUACCUGACAGUGAUGGGACAUUUUUAACAAAGGGGUACAGUGAUUAUACGAAGGAAAAACUUAGAGAAUUAUAGAAAGAGUGUAAAACCUACACAGGUUUCUCUCACAGAGAUUUACUCUCUAUUGGAGCUUCGACGGGAGAGCAACUCUGUCAAGUGUGUGUAUCAGCAGUAAUAACAAAAAGGUACAAGGUGUGUGUUUGUGUGUUGGGGUGUGUGUGAUUAUUUGGCUUUCCUCAGGUGAACCAAAAUCCAAAAAGAUUUUAUUUUAUAACCCAGUGGCUGCACCAUUGGCAGAAAACAAUACCCAUGUUCUUACAGCCAUUCCACUCCCUGAGCAGCAGGGAAGCAACAGAGGUAGAAAUUCUGUAAAGAAAUGAGCUCCAGACAUUGAGCUCCUAGCUGGGGACAUUUCUGAGCUCCUCUUUAGCAUAUAAAGGCCACAACAGCGCUGAUGCCCGGCCAGCUAUGUUUAUUAUACGAUCACUGUUUUCAUUGUUCUCUCACUUGCCAUUAACUUAGAUCUUACUGUGCGCAAUGUCCAAAUCGAUUCUUUUAAGUCCUAAUCUUCAUGCUUAUGCCAAUUUGACUUCAACCGUAUACAAUGUUUUUCUUGUUUGCUGGUCCCACCCUGUCCCUCCUUCUCACUUUCCACAUUCUGAUGGUAACCAAAGCCAGCAAGAUUUGUACAUGGGCACAGGAUUCACUAAUCCCCUGUGUUUCUACAGAGUUUCAAACUUUUCUGAAUUAGGUUCUCUCAUUUCUCUGGAUAUACUCCUCUUUCUCUCACAUACUGGUUCAAUUACUUGGUUAGCCUCCUCUCUCUUCUGUCUACUCUGGAGAUUUCAGCAUAUACAUAAACAUGACACCAAUUUAUUACAGUAAACCUUUUAUCUAUUUUAAUAUACAAAAAAACCCUUUUUAAAACCCAUAUAACAUGCAUGUUUUUAUAUAUUUCCUUUCUAGUCUAAUUUUCCAUGAAUCAUAAUUUCAGUAUUUACCUGUCUGCCCAAAUGGUAUCAAUUCACCAAAACCCAACUGAAAAUAUUAAGUUACCCACAUUUUAAAAAAUCACCUUGACAUCUAAAAACAUUCUGUCUUUAAGGGUAAGUGAAGUAAUGUUUAACGUUGUCUAGAAAGACCAGAAACGAUUGUAGGUUUUUUGCAGUUUGAAAUUCAAUAAAAGUCCACAC